CUAUCAAUCGGUUCAUGGUCAUGGUGAUUGUCAUAUUAGUAUAUAAACUUCAGUAGAAACCAAAGUAGAUAUCGAUUUGAAUUGCCAGACCGAUUUAUCUUCACUAGGAAACGAGAAGGAGGAUUCAGAUAUGCUGAAAUUUGUGUUGCUGAUUAGUUGUUUGAUAUCUAUCCAAACAGUUGUUUUUUGUGCUGAUUGUGUUGAUCAAGCAUGCCUUACGAAACUUUAUAAUGCAAGAGUGACAAAAGCAGAGUAUUAUACAAGACCAUUGGGUUCAUCAUGGUCGGGUUCUUCGAUUGGACGAAGGAAAAAGAGACAUGAUUAUCAUUUACAUCACGCAGGGGUUGUUGUGACAAUCGACCAGUACGUAGUCGGAAGAGAUAAAUGGUUGAUACACAAAGGCAGUGACUAUGGUGAUGCUCACGAUACUGUCAUUACGGAUGCCAGCUACAUGGGAUCAAGCUGGACAAAUACAAAAGUAAAGUAUCUUUCGGCCUGUCAUUACACAGUGAACAGUUUUAUGAUAGCAGCCAGAAUAACAUCCCCGUAUAAUUUAUUGGGACCAAACUGUCAAACGGCUGCAAAUGGAAUAUGGGACCUGAUAGAACACUGCUAAAAAGAUUCUCCGAGAGGUUGAAUAUAGAUAUGUAAUAAAUAUUUUCCUCUA